AUGAAAAUCAACAACAGAGACAAGCUCAAUUUACUAAAUACUCAUCUUGACUCUGCUGAAGCCCUUAAAAAUAUUGAUUAUCAAUCAUUGGAUCCUACACUAUUAAAACUUAAAACAUCUGCGAUCUUGAGCAAAGCCUGCAAUGAUGCAGAAACAGAACAAGAUUUCAGAAGAAUUUGUUCUAUAUAUGGAAAACAGAGCCCUUCUUCUAAUUCAAAACUCAUUGAAGCUUACCUAGAAUAUAUUUCCGCUUACCAUAAAAUCACAACUCUUCACAUUUUUGGUGAAUCUAGUGAAGGAACUAAUUUGAUUGCUUAUAACACUGAAAAUGAAUUAGAAAACAUCAAAUUGCUCAAUACCACAAGCCCAUGAGACUGCUCGACAUGUAUUGCUCAGAUUCCGAAUGGCGAAUUAUUUUGCUUUGGAGCGUAUUAUCCAGAUUUAGGGAAUGCACUACUAAUUAAGAAAAAUUAUGAAGUUAGAGAAGAAUUGCCAUUUGGAAAGUAUUGCUAUGGAUCAUCUGCUAUUUAUUUCAAUAGGCAUGUCUAUUGCUUUGGAGGAGCAUGCCUAGGUAAUGAUUUAACUUUAUCAAAUAAAUUCGAUCUUGAUAACAAUAGAUGAAUUGAGCUUGCUCAAAUGCCACAAGCUGAUUAUAUGUGCAAGAAUGUGAUAUUUAAUGGAAAGAUCGUGAUUUCUGGAUGGAGAAAUGCAAAUCUAUUGGUUUAUUCAAUUGAUAUUGAUUCUUUUUCAAUAAUUCCUUAUGAUUUUGAAGAAAAUAAUUUCAAGAUCGUGGUAAAUUUAGAGAGAUUGUAUUUGAUUGAAUGUGGCAGAAAUAGAUUUAUCUAUGAAAGUGAAAUAGAAGAUGAAUAUACUUGGAAAAAAAUCGCAAAAACAAACAUUAAUUGCGAUAUUUAUGAAUUAAAUUAUUUAUAUAACAAAGGAGGAAUAUAUAUCAUAGUCUACCCUGAAAAAAGAUAUUUCAAAUUUGAUUUAAAUAAAAAAACUAUUACUGAAAUAGAAUAA